CCUCAGAGCUCAGUGAUGUUAGCUUUGAGUCACUACAACUCCUCAGCCUCCCCGCUCCUCCCGCCUUUCUCUAAUGGCAGCGGAGAGAUGGUGGAGGCCAGGGUGGUUGUUGAAGGGCUGUCGCAGCAGGGGAACUACACCUUGGUGCAACCCACCACCAGCGGCAUCAUUGUGGUUGUACUAUCCAUGACUUUGGGCAUCAUCUCCAACAUUGUGGCCCUCUUCAUCCUGGCUAACGCCUACUCCCUCCAGCGCCGGCGCUCCAAAGCCACGUUCCUUCUCUUUGCUACUUCAUUGGUUAUCACAGACUUCAUUGGACACUUGAUCCCAGGUGCCCUGGUUCUGAGACUCUACCUCUUUGGAGGUGUAAGCCCGGAGGACUUUAACACAUCUGAUGGGAUGUGCCAGUUCCUGGGUGGCAGCAUGGUGUUCUUUGGCCUGUGCCCACUCUUCAUGGGCUGCGCCAUGGCUGCUGAGCGCUGCCUGGGUGUCACUAAACCGCUGCUGCAUUCAUCUCUGGUCACCACAACCCGCACUAAAAUAUGCCUCUCUGUCAUUUGGCUGGCAGCUCUGUGCGUGGCCAUGCUGCCAUGUUUUCAGCUGGGCUCUUACGCCUACCAGGACCCAGGGACCUGGUGUUUCAUUAAAGUGCUCAGUGACACUGAGGCAGUGGAUGUAGCAUUUGUGGUGCUCUUCUCUGGACUCGGUCUGACCUCCCUGGCCGUGGCGCUGGUGUGUAAUACCAUCAGCGGACUGACAUUGGUUCUUGCUCGGCUCAGGAGGAAGCCCGGCUCUCAUCAUUCAACCAGGUCCCACGACAUAGAGAUGGUGGUGCAGCUGGUGGGGAUCAUGGUCACCUCAUGUAUCUGCUGGAGCCCUCUGCUGGUCUUUGGCCUGAUGUCCGUGAUCCGCUCCUACACAGGAACCAUUGGAGAAGACCUGUCCAACUAUAAAAUGCUGAUGGUGAUGGGUGUGAGACUGGCCACUUGGAACCAGAUCCUCGACCCCUGGGUCUACAUUCUGCUGCGUCGCACCGUACUCAGAAAAAUCUACCUCAUCGCUAAGUGCCAGGCGGGCCUUAGGGGUAAUAUAUUAAGCCGCUGGGAGCCCACGUCCUUUCCCAGCUCAGAGAAAAAUGAUGUCAGCCAAGUCUGAGCUGAAAGGAAGACUGAUGUAGU